UAUGGUCUACCAAUGGGAGAAAUACCCAUUGUUGAAGCAAAAUCAGAAAAAGCAAGUGAGGAGUUUGUAGGUUUUAUGAAGAAGUGGAGAGGAAAAUGGAAUGGAAAAAUUCCUUCCGUAAGCCAAAUUGUGGCAAAAUACAUUGACAAAAAGUUUGAGAAAGACAGACCUGACAAUGAAGAUUUCAUUACAAACUUUUUGGUGGUGGCAGUGAAUGCAUUGAUAAAGUGCAUACAAAACAAUCGAUGCCAUUACAAGUUUCUCUAUUCAACAAUGCACAAGGAAAAUAUUAAAAACUUGAAUUGGUGUCAAUAUGUGUUUGAUUCACUGAUAAAGAACCAUGUUGAUUGGAGAAAACAAUCAAGCAAGGGAUUCUACAAAGGACCCCUACAAUUUCUAAUGCUGUUCUAUUUUGAUAGAGUCCAGAGAUUGGGGAAAAAGCCACCAAGAACAAUUCCAAUUAUUUCUGUUUGGAAACGGGACAUGGUUCUUGAAAGAAUAAAAAAUGAAUUGGAAUUGGGACUUGGUAAAGGGAAGAUACUUCCUAGAAUUGUUGAAGAAGCUGAAAUCAGUCCUGAGAUUUUUAUGAAUGAUUUCAUUGAUGUGGUGAUUGAAACUGGUCGUUCCUUGUCAAAACUAUCAAGCAAACUGUUGAAAGCUAAGGAAAUAUUCCCUGAAAAUGACUUGGUAAAGAAAGUUGUAGAGGUUAUGGGGAAAGUGGCAAGAGAACAAUCAAUCUUAAGCCAAGAUGAAGAAAUCUAUGGCUCCGAAGAUUUCUUGAAUGCAAUUGCAGAAGCUAAAAGGGAAUUUUUUAAAGCAGCUGAUAUGGAGAAAAACAAAAAAGGAAAACAAAAAAAGGAGGAGUUCAACAUCAACAAAGCAUUCAGUUUGGGACUUACUCCCCCAUCUCCACAAAUUGAUACAACAAAUCCAACAUCUACAACUAUGGGUGUUAUUGCAGUUGAAGCUUCUGCUUCUGUAGAAGAUGAAAAUCCUACUGGAAAAUCUCCUCCUAUAGAAUUGGCGAAUCCAAAGAGCACUGAAAAUCAAGCCUCUGGUUUUGUACAAGUUGUAGAAGACAAUUCACAAAAAAAACUCCAGCAGCUAGUGAAGUUAUGAGGAACAAGGAAAGUGAACAAGAACAGGGGUAAAAAGCAAAACCCCAGCAAUUAGUGAUGUCCUAUGUAUUAUUAGUAAUAAUGUAGUUUAUUUUGGUGUUUCAAAAAAACAAUUAAGGUUUAUGUAACUUUGAAGAAUGUUUUAUUAAAUCAAGAACAAGUAAGGGUUAUGUAAUUUAUGAGUUUCAACAUGUUAUUGUAAUAUUAAUUAGUUUUU